AUGGCCAAUGGUUUUGGGAGCCUCGAGCGCUUCUUCGCGAAGAAGAAGACUCCAGCUGCAUUGGACAAUCAUAUCCAGCCAAUCCAACCCGCUUCCGUCCAGCCGGCUUCUGCCCCUCCCACUAUACCUCAGUUUCCUUCGCCUUCCUUCAUCCGCCCAAAAACUAGCCGCAUGGCUGCGCGAGAAGAGUUAAGGAAACAGCCUGCGAGCCGGGUUUCUUCUUUCCCAGGCUCUUAUUCUCCUCAUCAAAUGGACUUCACCAACACUCAAAGUCCCACAUGCCGGUCGGAUUCUCUCCAGUCGCAAUACUCUCCUUUAAAGACUUCUUUCAUACCUAUACAAGCAGAUUCCCUCUCAGACAAUUUCGACGUUUACCAAUUCCCUCGGCCGCCGACCAGUCAAGGGGGGACUUCUGUCUCAUCGUCUACUCGCGACCCAAAAUCAUCUAUGGAAGCCCCCAGCGAGCGCAGCCUGACGUAUCGAUCUCCUAGGAAGCGAGCAGCAGGCACCCCGCGGCUUGAGACACCCCCUUCAUCAGAUUUGGAAGACGAGGCUACCUCAAGCCCUCAAUACUUUCGCGACAAGGAACUUCCAGCACUGCCUCAGCAGAAUCCUCCAACCCCAGACUCUUCUCCAGAGCUUCGUCCCCUUCAUAUCGCGCAAUUGACAGCAUCAAAGUCGAUCGAUGUUCUCAACAAGGCUGUCUGCAGAGACAUCUGUCGCCAUGUUGCCGAAACAUUGGAACAGCGACGAGCACAGAAGGCUGCAAGCCUGACCAGCCAGGAUCCUUACAUCAACAGGCUCUCCAUCAGCAGUUCUACGCUCCGAGAACCAGACUUCAAUGAGUUCUUUGAACUAAGUGACGAUGACAUUGCUGAAUUGGCUCCCGAAGAUACAGCGAAUGUCGAGGCACCCAUUCCCACUGCCGCACAUUCUACUCCUGGUUCCAAUCGUUCUUCUUUGCUAGUAUUGACUCCUGUCCUUCACGCCAGCAAGCCCGCCGUUGCCGGCGCUUUCGAGGCAGCCAGAAUUGCUGCACGCUACGAUUUCGACUUCGUUUACGUUGUCAACUUGUGGACUGAACAGUCUCAAUGCCAAUCUGAUGUUUCCACCAACUUGGGUUCUCCAGGAUCGAAGUUCAAGCCCUUGGCCGGUCGUCUUCUCGCUUCCUAUGGAAUGGAAAAUGUCAACGCGCCUGUGCAGAUCUCGACUGCGAGCCAUAGAAAGAUUCUCAAGACCCCUGGGUGGAUAGAGUACAGGCCCCAAAACUUCCGACAUGAUGAGUUUGCAAGAGGUUAUGCUCAUGCAUUUUACGCUGGCCAAGAGUCAGGAAACGGCUCGGUCACCUCGAGAAACUCAACCUCUUCAUCCGCUUCAGUACAGCCCUCGAACCCCAGCCGCGGAAUCGUCUUUGCGGCGUACCGUGCGCCACGAGCUGACGGGAGUCUGGCCUGCACCAAGUAUGAUCUUUCCAACCUGCACAAGGAUGCAGAGGCACUUGUUGAGAUGCUUGUUGAUAUCAAUGUGACAAGCCAGCUACGCGCGCCCCGAUCACCGUUUAGUCAAUCUGAGGACACAGGCCCGAUGCCAACGCGAAGGUUUGGUAUUUGUGAAACCAACAACAGCACAUAUCCUCAGCAAAUCUUUUUACAAUGA